AUGUCUGGGAUGACGUUGAGUUCAACUGAAAGAAACCUCUCAGUGAGACACUCUGAUACAGAGACCGGCCCUGGCUCAAAGACAGACAGACCCCUGGCUCAAAGACAGACAGACCCCUGGCUCAAAGAAGACAGACAGACCCCUGGCUCAAAGACAGACAGACCCCUGGCUCAAAGACAGACAGACCCCUGGCUCAAAGACAGACAGACCCCUGGCUCAAAGACAGACAGACCCCUGGCUCAAAGACAGACAGACCCCUGGCUCAAAGACAGACACACCCCUGGCUCAAAGAAGACAGACAGACCCCUGGCUCAAAGAAUACAGACAGACAGACAGACAGACAGACAGACAGACCCCUGGCUCAAAGAAUACAGACAGACCCCUGGCUCAAAGAAGACAGACCGACCGACCCCUGGCUCAAAGAAUACAGACAGACAGACAGACCCCUGGCUCAAAGAAUACAGACAGACCCCUGGCUCAAAGAAUACAGACAGACCCCUGGCUCAAAGAAGACAGACAGACCCCUGGCUCAAAGAAGACAGACAGACCGACCGACCCCUGGCUCAAAGAAUACAGACAGACCCCUGGCUCAAAGAAUACAGACAGACCCCUGGCUCAAAGAAUACAGACAGACAGACAGACCCCUGGCUCAAAGAAGACAGACCGACCCCUGGCUCAAAGAAUACAGACAGACCCCUGGCUCAAAGAAGACAGACAGACCCCUGGCUCAAAGAAGACAGACAGACAGACCGACCCCUGGCUCAAAGAAGACAGACAGACCCCUGGCUCAAAGAAGACAGACAGACCGACCCCUGGCUCAAAGAAUACAGACAGACAGACCCCUGGCUCAAAGAAUACAGACAGACCGACCCCUGGCUCAAAGAAUACAGACAGACAGACAGAGACCCCUGGCUCAAAGAAGACAGACAGACCCCUGGCUCAAAGAAGACAGACAGACAGACAGACCCCUGGCUCAAAGAAUACAGACAGACCCCUGGCUCAAAGAAGACAGACAGACCCCUGGCUCAAAGAAUACAGACAGACAGACAGACCGACCCCUGGCUCAAAGAAGACAGACAGACAGACCGACCCCUGGCUCAAAGAAGACAGACCGACCCCUGGCUCAAAGAAGACAGACAGACCGACCGACCCCUGGCUCAAAGAAGACAGACAGACCGACCCCUGGCUCAAAUAGAGUGAGGCCUCCUAUGGGCCACUCACACUCUGGUGAAAGUUAAAGUUGGUAAAGGGGGAAAGUUAAAGAAGAAAUGUAUAAAUGGAUUCCUUACAUUUGUCCAGCCGGGUUCGAUUUAGAAGGAUUUUGGUUCUAAAUAUUCAUGUUGAUAUUUUUGUUUCAAUCAAAAAUGGGACUGAUGUGGGUACACUUUGCUGAUUAUGCCAUAGGAUAUGUCACGCUGCUUGCUUGUCUGACCAAAAGGAUGUCGAAAGGGAAACUUUGAGAAUGUGUGAGUUGAAGCGAUAGGGAAAUGCAUCGUGAGAGUUGUCAGCUGGAUUCUGACAUUCCUCUCUGAUUUUAUUUGCCCAGAUGAUAUAAGACGUGUGACCUUUUUGUCCUCAACAUUUUCAAUAAUUUAUUAGACUUUAAAUACCAUAAUCAUGGUAACAAGUUGUUUUUCUCUUUUUCCAAACCUACUGUCAAUACCAACGUAUCUAUACAGUCAACUGGUGCAUGCUGGAAUUAAUUGUAUGUACCGGGUAUCAGAUCAGUAUGGAACUUGAGGAUACGCCAUGUUUGGACGAGGGGCCAUUGGGACAAUGUUAUUGGAUGAGUUUGUCCCCUCUGAGCUCGACCAAUGGCUACUAACACUCACCUUGUUCUAAGAUCUUGGUGUAAGGAACUUCUUCUGAACCGCAUUAAAUAUUUAUUACCAGUUAUGUACUGGAGCAACUCCUCAAUGUUUGUGUCUACAUACACGGAGUGUACCAAACAUUAGGAACACCUUUCCUAAUAUUUAGUUUCACCCCCUUUUGCCCUUAGAACAGCCUCAAUUCGUCGGGGGCAUGGACUCAACAAUGUGUCGAAAGCGUUCCACAAGGGAUGCUGGCCCAUGUUGAUGCCAGUGACUCAACCCAGUGUGCCUGGCACCUACUACCAUACCCCGUUCAACGACACUGAAAUAUUUUGUCUUGCCCAUUCAACCUCUGAAUGGCAUACACAUACACAAUCCAUGUCUCAAGGCUUAACAAUCCUUCUUUAACCUGUUUCCACCCCUUCAUCUACAGUGGAUUUAACAAGUGACACUAAUAAGGGAUCAUAGCUUUCACCUGGUCAGUCUUUUCAUGGAACGAGCAGGUGUUCCUAAUGUUUUGUACACUCAGUGUAUUUUUAAUUUAAGGAUACGUGUAAUUUAUUUGGUAAGAGGUAUUCAUGAUGUAUCUUUUUUGUAGAUUUAUGAGGAAACGUUUUCAUGAUACAAGUAACAUACAUUUAUAAUCAAUGUAUAUUAUGCCUGCCUUUUCUCUGAGCAGUUUAGUUUAAUGGGCACAUACACGCAUUAAAGACUAUUACUUGUAAUUACUUAAGAUUAUUACUUAUGAAAAGGUGUGUCAUACCACAUUUGCAUUUUACUGACUGAAUUACUUUUUUAAAAACAAAGUAGAUUUGACAAAUGUUUUUGUGUGAGGAUACUUAAUAAGAAAUACUAGCAUUGUCCUCAUCCAAAAUGAAAAGUUUACUUUUCAAAAACCUUUUCAUUUAUUGACAUGUGUACUUUUAUUUUCUAUGGUGGACACAAAGAAGCAUAUUUUUAAUGGUCUGUGAAAUUAAAGAGGAUACUCCAGUCAUCAUAUUUGGCCCUUGUCAUGUUCUGCAGUCUUGUUUUUACAAAUUUAAAAUGUUUACAUUUUUAACACAAAUUUAAAUUUUUUUAACACAAUUUACAUUUUUAACACAUUUUAAUUGCACAGCAAUCUUUUGUUACAACUUUUAAUUUGUGUUCGUUUCUAUUUCAUAAACCCGCCUCAAUGUGAUUAACAAACCAUGUUCACUGUGAAAAGGAUAACAUUUAAAUGUUUGUGGAGGGGUGUAAUAUUGCCUGUGUCGACCGCCGAACGCCGCCCGAACAAGGAGAGGGACCGACUUCGGCGGAAGUCGUGUCAAGGGGAUUAUAUGAAUGUAUUGUAAUAAAUAAUUUCUAAGUUAAAUGUGUGCCAGUAUAGAGCAGCGUUAAUUGAAGCUCUAUACAUUUCAGUUUAACUAAACUGUAGAAACCCUGACGUGUUCUUUUAUAAUCUCCUCAUUAUCAACUAUCCUCAAUGUUCACUGAUCUGAAAGGAUGGGUGGAAAUAUGGUUUACGGAAGGAAGGAUUAUGGGAUGGAAGCGAUGGUAGAGUUGGUAUAGUCAAUAUAAGAACAUCAGCGCUCAGUAAUGUGGUCAUACAGUCAGUCUGUGGUUGUGACAGUAUGGUCAGUCUGUGGUUGUGACAGUAUGGUCAGUCUAUGGUUGUGGCAGUGUGGUCAUGCAUGAUCAUGGUCCUCUCCUCACAAACCCUCUCUAACUGCAUGUGGUAUUGCAUGCAGAUAACACUAAAAUUAAAGCAAUUUUAUUGCAAUAUGUAUUUAUUAUUUUCAUCCUUUGUGUACAUGAUGAUUAAACCCCCUGAGUAUUAUUUGGUAGGCCUACUUGUUCAUCAUGGAAUUCAGAGAUGAUGAUGAUGGUGAUGGUGAACAUGUGAAAACCAAAAUGUGGCUAAUACCUAGCACAGAAAUAUCCAAUUAGGAAAAGUAUACAUGAAUAUUAUAACAAUCAGCACAUUUGCAAUAUGGGCAGUACAAAUAAACAUAAAUAACUUACAUUUUUGCAUUUCAUUUUAAUUCUCUAUUUAUUAUUCAAGUAAACCAGAAAGUACACUGGUGAUGGUGCAAAAUAGGCUUUCAAAACAGAGGUCCUCUCAUUCUGCAAGUGUUUAGUGAAUGACGAGGGGGAGAGGGAUACACAGGCUAAGAUGGUUCAGUGAAGUGAACCCUGAAUUCUACAAAUGUUCCAAAAACCUUGGUUGCUGGCCGUUGUUGACUUAGUUUUUGAUCUUUUACAAUACAUGUCAAAUCUGUGAAGAUAUGUGUUCCUUUUUAUGAUUUGACAUUCAUUGUUUUUAUUAAAAUGUUCAGAAUGAAACGUAGAAGAUAUGGGGUCCAAUGUUCACCCAUAACGAGGAAGAUAUGUGGUCCAAUGUUCCCCCAUAACGUGGAAGAUAUGGGGUCCAAUGUACACCCUUAACGAGGAAGAUAUGGGGUCCAAUGUUCACCCUUAACGAGGAAGAUACAGGGUCUAAUGUUCACCCAUAACGAGAAAGAUAUGGGGUCUAAUGUUCACCCUUAACGAGGAAGAUAUGUGGUCCAAUGUUCACGCAUAACGAGGAAGAUAUGGGGUCCAAUGUUCAUCCAUAACGAGGAAGAUAUGGGGUCCAAUGUUCACCCAAAGAUAAAAAUAUACUAUGAAACAUUCAGCAGCACCCUUUGACCUGUUUGAAGAAAGGGAAAGUUUAGCCUACAUGUUGGGCAGAAAAUAGGUACUUUUUAAAUGUGUAAUUGAAAUUCAAACAUUUGUGUCUUAAUUGUAGACACCUGGUGCCAUUUGUCUGGGUAAAGGAAUAUUUUAAGUGUCAAUAAAUGCUCAGAAUCAAACA